AUGUCCGACUCCUCCAACUCCACUGCUGCAGCCGCAGCAGCCGCCGCGGCGGCGGCGACGGCGGCCUUCCCUCACAUCCCCGUCGGCGACACUCUCGGCGCGUGGCUCAUCGCGCUGCAGGGCAUGCUGUUCCAUCAGGCGUUCAAGUACUACAUGACCUUCCACAAGGACAGGUGGGUCCUUAAAGCAUGGGUUGCGGUGGUUUUGGUGCUUGAGACGUUGGCCACGGUGUUGAUCACACAUACUGCAUACUUCUAUAUGGUGACCAAAUACUGGGAGCCAACGUACUUCUUCGUCUCCCCGACGGUUUGGUCUCUCAAUGUCCUCCCUCCACCUGCCGCCCUCGCGGCCUUCAUCUCCCAGAGUUUCUUCGCUCGCCGGUUAUGGCUAAUUGCACCCAAAUUCCGGAUUCUUGUCGCCGUCGCAAGUGCCCAGAUGGUCCUGAUAGCAGGCAACGUCGAGAUGUUCCCGAACUCACCCUCCGCGGAACCGCUCCUCCAGCGUGCUUCUCCGGUCGGCGACACUCUCGGAGUGGCUCCAAUACUCGUGGCUCGCAACACUAGGGUCCUCGAUCCAAGUGACCGGGGAUCUGUCGAUCAGCGCCGCGUUGGUGUAUACCCUGCACACAAGCAGGACAGGGAUCACUCGUUGUGGGACGACAAGGAACAUACGGCGGAAUAUGUGCUCACAUUGCCCGGUAACAGCAUCGUCCACAUCGUCAACGUCACCUAUUCCGCCAAGGAGCCGGAUAACUUCAUCUACGCCGCGCUCUCCAUCAUCCUCACGAAGCUGUACGCCAACGCGUUCCUCGUCGCGCUCAACUCCCGCGCGUCGCUGGGCAUCCUCGGCCAGUCGAACAACCAGUCCAACUCCGUCAACGUCUCGCACGUGCUCCGCGCGCGCGGCGCGACCAACCUCCCCACCGCGCUCAGCAACACCGCGGCGAGCAACCCGACCGCGAUCGAGCUCAAGGUCACGACGGUGACCGAGACCGACGACUUCUACGACGGCGCGUACGCCGUGUCCGAGCCCGGGCCGCUCGAGGCGCAGCAGCAGCAGCAGCCGCAGCGGUCGUUCCUCGGGCCGAAGCGACACCCGUACGCCGCGGAGGUCAUGACGCCGUGA